AUGUACCGUGCUUCAAGGAAAGUGGAUGUCACUGUAGCGGACGUGGUCCUAGAAGUCGUAAAACAGGGUGUUCAUAAGAAGGUGGCAGAAGACACAGAGGAGCCCAAAACAGACCUUAUUCCAGUUGCAGCACCAUCCGCAAUCAGCUCUCCAGAUAUAUCGAUUGCAGACAUUGUGCUGAAUACGAAAACGUACACGGCACUUCAUGAGGCCUCCCAGGGACAUCCUGACAUGCCUUCCUCUGACAAUCGAAGUCAUACCGUUGGCAGCAGAGCGGCCCACACACCAGUGAGAACUUCUCCACCGGGAAAGUCUCGAUCCAUUUCCCCGGAUAUCUCUGCCACCAAAUCGAAACCUUCGAAUAAGACGAAGAAGGGCGACCACAUGUCUGGUUUCAUGAAUAUGAUUCGAACUUUAACCAAGGGUUUUGACUCCAAGCUUCGCAAAAGUCUGUUUCCUUGGAGAAAACAGUCUUGA